AUGCUGAUUUUCAUGUCUGAUCACGGCCACCGAUUUGCGGAAUUGCGGGCCACCGAACAAGGAAAGUUAGAGGAACGCUUGCCGUUCUUCAGCAUUUACCUACCACCGUGGUUCGGGAAGCGCUAUCCGGAGGCGAUGCGCAACCUGCGUUUGAACGCGCGACGUCUCACCACUCCGUUCGACAUUCAUGAGACGCUGACCAGUGUCCUUCGCUUCAGGACACCUAAGAAAGGCAAUCUGUCCGAACGGGCGAUUUCGUUGUUCGACGAGGUGCCUUUAGAGAGGACGUGCAGCGACGCCGGUAUCGAACCGCACUGGUGUGCGUGUCUUUCUUGGCAAACUCUGCCAACCACCGUCUCGGAGGUGAAAUACAUAGCGAAUGCGAUCGUCGCCGCCCUGAACAAGGUAACUGCAUCGGAGAGGCAGUUGUGCUCGAAGCUGCGGUUGAGGUCAAUCGUCAAGGCUUUCCUGUUGUCGGCUAACGACGCGGUAAUUAAGUACAAACAGGCUAAAGAUGCGGACGGAUUCGUACCGGAUUUGAGCGAUGUGAACACGGCCAUUUCCCGUCUCUAUUACCAGGUGAACUUAGUCACCACUCCCGGUAACGCACUAUACGAAGCGUCGGUAGUCUGGGACAAGAGCAUCAACCGCCUGUAUAUCGACCUGAAUACGGUGUCACACAUCAACGCGUACGAUGAACCGUGUAUGUCUUGGCUGGAACACAGGAGCUGUGAAGUCUCGUUUUUCCACCACCGUUAUGAACACGACUACGGCGACGCCUUGUCAUUCCGGACAGUGCAGCCAGCGUUGACGUUCCGCAAACUAACUAUAAGAAGCAUACGCCUGUUGGCUCUCGUUGGUCGUAGCGAGUGACA